ACACCCUACACAAACACACCCUACACAAACACACCACACACAAACACACCACACACAAACACACCACACCCUACACAAACACACCCUACACAAACACACCACACACAAACACACCAUACACAAACACACCACACCCUCUACUUAGACCAAAGUCGGUGAGAAACAUCCCAUCUAACCCGAUGAAAUGAAUAAAAACCCAAUCCAAUCCUGAACUUAUUGAUAACAGAUAAUGUUAACAGAGAAUAACACACUCACGAUAUAGCUGUGUCCACCACAACCAAACUCACCCACAAAUGUAUACAUGAUUGAUAAUACAUACAAUGACAUAUUUAUGUACAUCCUAACAAUAUAUACUGUAUGUGUCUGUAGGAGUCCAUGUGUCGGUCUGACUGCACGCUACAAGGCCAGACGAAGGAGACAGAGAGAUAGACAAUUGAUCAAUAUAACCUUAUCGAAUCAAUCAAUAGCCAUAAUCAAUAAAUAACUUAUUGAUAACGUCCACAGGAGUCCCGGUGUCCGUCGGGCUGCAGACUACAGGGUCUGAUGGAGCAGACAGAGAGUCUGAUGAGGGGCAGACUGGGGGACAUCUGUGAGAGGAGACAGAGGUACGAGGACGCGGCUACAGCAUCCAUGGUGACCACCAAACACAUCUACAAUAUCAACCGCAAGGCCAUCGUCAAGACACACAUGUCUGAGCUGAGGUACGUGGAGUUUGCUGAGGGCUUGGUCAUGAACCUGACAUCGCUAAGGAAACGGUCGGCUGCGUUGCUACGGAAACUGAAGGAGCAGCAAAGCCACGUCCAGAAACAGCUAGAGGACAUGUACCGGCAAGAGGUGGAAGUUGAGAUCAAACUGCGCUCCUGUCAAGGAUCAUGCAACAGGUCCAUCGCUUUCCGUAUCGACCACGACAGCUACAGAUCGCUAGCCAAUCAGAUGGCCCUGUUCAGUAACACCGCCAAGCAUCGGAAGAGCUCUCCUCUUAAUAAGGACAUCGCCAAGAUCAAACUACAGCCGGUGACUGUCGGUCCCCUGCCGUCGACCGCCUAUAAAACCAUCCCCAUGGUACAGAAGGAACUCCUGACUCAGUUUGAGGAUCUAGAACAGAAUCAUGUGGUUCUAGAAGAGGUUCUAGAAGAAACGGAAUGCCUGGGUCCUGAAAGGGAGAAGCAGGCGUUCUAGAAUGUAAAUAAUAAACUCAGAUAAAGAUGUCUGCCUCUCUGUGAUAUCUUGGUUCGGUUCUGGUUUUUAUUUACUUCUAAUAAAGGACUGCUGUUUUAAUUGACAUAAACUAUCAUUAUAUAGAGUCAUAGCCACGGGAAGUAGGGGUGUUGAGGAUGCCUCACUGGGGUUCUACUCCUGAGUGGCGCAGGGGUCUAAGACACUGCAUCUCAGUGCAAGAGGCUUCACUGCAGAAACACUUGUUCGAAUCCAGGCUGCAUCACGUCUGGCUGUGAUUGGGUGUCCCAUAGGGACAAUCGGCCCAGCGUUGUCCAGGGUAGGCUGUCAUUGUAAAUAAUAAUUUGUUCUUAACCCUGUUAAAUUGCCCUGUUAAAUUAAACUAAAUUUACUCUUGUCAGAGAGGAUUAAAACAAGCAGGCGGUUGGGAAGAAAACAUUCUGUCAGCACUCUCUUGACAAAGAGAUUCUCAACCCCCUCCUCCAGCACUAACGAAGAGAUUCUCAACCCCCUCCUCCAGCACUAACGAAGAGAUUCUCAACCCCCUCCUCCAGCACUAACGAAGAGAUUCUCAACCCCCUCCUCCAGCACUAACGAAGAGAUUCUCAACCCCCUCCUCCAGCACUAACGAAGAGAUUCUCAACCCCCUCCUCCAGCACUAACGAAGAGAUUCUCAACCCCCUCCUCCAGCACUAACGAAGAGAUUCUCAACCCCCUCCUCCAGCACUAACGAAGAGAUUCUCAACCCCCUCCUCCAGCACUAACGAAGAGAUUCUCAACCCCCUCUCCCAGGACUAACGAAGAGAUUCUCAACCCCUCCUCCAGGACUAACAAAGAGAUUCUCAACCCCCUCUCCCAGGACUAACGAAGAGAUUCUCAACCCCCUCCCCCAGGACUAACGAAGAGAUUCUCAACCCCUCCUCCAGCACUAACGAAGAGAUUCUCAACUCCCCCUCCCAGGACUAACGAAGAGAUUCUCAACCUCCUCCUCCAGCACUAACGAAGAGAUUCUCAACCCCCCUCCCAGGACUAACGAAGAGAUUCUCAACCCCCUCCUCCAGCACUAACGAAGAGAUUCUCAACCCCCUCCC